AUGCGCCAUGGACCAGGUGCCAAAGCUUUGCAGCAGCUCUAUGACCUGGAGCCAAAGACCUGCUGCAGUUGGGGGCCCAAAGACCUGUCGCUGGUUGAUGGUUCUCCGGAGCCGCGAGACCUUGCACAGGAGGUCUUGACAGCGGCAGAGAACUGGCCAGUUGAUGAGGAUGGAAUCAAUCCGGAAUUGGAUCCAGGUAGUGCAGGUGUAAACCUGGGCCUUGACGCGAAGGACCGCUUUUACGGACGAAUGAGUGGGGUGGAGGUUGAAAAAGAGCUGAUCCGCUUAGCAGUGCUUCUUCAAAGCCUGCUGCGGGACUUCGGGCUCAUGAAGGAUACCUUCGGCCACUUACAGGAUGAGCAACACUCGGUCAAGGAGUUGAUGCUUCAGAAUUCGAGUGCCUGUACUGCUCAAGUGGUAGAUCUGCAAAAGGAGGUGGAGGACAAAAUGAAGUGGCUGAGUGCACAGGUGGUGGAUGGCACUUGGACUGUUGCUCAAUGUCAAAAAGAUACAUCCGCCAAGUGCCAGGUGCUCAGGGAGGAACUCGAUGGCAAGCUUGAGUCGCACAAGCACAACUUUGAGGACUUCCGGGAAGAAGCAGGAAGACGCUUCGACUCCUCCUCGCAGAGUUUGGAGGAGGGGCUGGAACGUUUGACGGAACGCAUGGACUGCAAUGAGCAAGCGAGAAAGGCUCUCAGGAUUGACGCGUUCAAUGAAAUGGCACACGCGCGCCAGGCAGCUCACGAUCUCAGACAAAGUGACCAGGAGCAGAUGAACAAAAAGUUCUCCGCCAUGCAAGCAGUCCAGGAGUCCAUGCAACAGGCUUGCUGCACCGUGGAGGGCAAAGUUGAUGCAGCUUGGGAGGCGUUGCAAGAUGUCCAGGAAAAGAUCGUGAUUGUCUCUGAGGAGAAUGUGAGCAAAUUUGUGUUGGCCGAAAAUGGUGUGGCAGAAGUCCAGCAGAAAGUCAACGAAGUUCAUGAGGAGACCACUCGCGGACGCUUGGCAACAGAAGUUGUAAUUGAUGAACUGCAGAAAGAACUCCUUGCAGUCAAGAAGGCAGGAUCCAGCCUUCUGACUUCGGAAUUUUCCCGAGAUGAAAGCCAACCAGGUCAUGUUGCUGGACUUGGAGAUUUCCAGGUGUCUCACAUGUCGCGCGCCUCGUCAGAGAUGCCGAUCACCUUGACGCAGAGCUCCAACGAGGAACGGCUCGAUGUCUUGGAACUUCAGGUGCAGCGGACCGCAGAGAAUCAGAAGAUACUGGAAGAAGAGUUGUUUGAACGAUUGAAAGAGUUCGAACUACAGGCGCGGAGGACGCCCGAAGGGCCCGAAGGGCCCGACAUCUCGGAGCGCUUGGACUAUUUUGACCACCAGGUGCACCUGGCAGCGCAGAGCCAACGAAGCUUGGCCGAGGAUUUGUUUCAGCGCCUGGACGAAUUGGAGCAGCAGGUACAUAGCAGCUACAACCAGGAGCUUCUGGAAUUGCUGGAGAACUUGGAGAUUCAAGCGCCCCGGUCUGCUGGAGGUGCGACAGGGUGGGGAAAGGCAAGAGGAGCUCGAAAGCGAAGUGCAACAGCUCCAGGAGAAUUUUGGUGUGUCCAGAAGGAUCCAACAUGGAGCCGAGGAGUCUGA